CGGGGGUGAUGGGAGUUGUAGUCCAACAACAUCUGGGGACCCGCAGGUUGGGAACCGCUGCGCGCAGUAGCUCCGUCGUCCGAGCACCGGGACGACCGCUGGGUUAACAUGGCAUCUGGUUCAGAAAAUCCUCUCCCUAGCUACGAGACGGACGACAGCCAAACCUCAAAGCUGAUCAGAAAGUCCCGGGAGUCUCCGUUUGUCCCAAUUGGCAUUUCGGGUUUUGCAGCUGUGGUGGCCUAUGGGCUGUACAAGCUGAAGCACAGAGGGGACACCAAAAUGUCCGUCCACCUGAUUCAUAUGCGUGUCGCAGCGCAGGGAUUCGUUGUGGGGGCCAUGACCUGCGGUGUCAUUUAUUCCAUGUAUCAAGAAUACUGGGUGAAGCCCAAGCCCUAGGAAGCGGUCAAUUGAAGCCUGUCCAGAGUUCUUAUGUACCCUAGAGAAAGACCUCACUCGGAAAUGGCGCUGCAAUAACUACAACUUUGCACAAUCUCAUGCACAGUGUUAAACUCUACGCUGCCAGUGUGGCUGUGCAUUAGGUUGUUGGUGGCAAAAGCGGUUCCUCUUUGUCUCUUGAGAAUGACCAUCAAUUGAUAAAUUUUCACAACAUGCAACCCUUUUUCACUAAGCCUACCCAACACGUAAGGUACUCUGGCUUAGAAGUCCAGCGUUUCCUCUUCAGAGUUUCCUCUGGGUUGUGAACAAGCAAAGCAACAAAGUGAGGGAUAUUCCUGUGUUGGUGCCGUGCCUGUUUAAGAGAUAGGUGGUCAACCUCUCUUAGCUCUGAAUUAGAAUCAAUUGUGGUGGAAGAUUAACCCUUAUGAUGUGAGUCUUAAAUAGCAGAUUGUAAAUAGUUUAAUCUUUAUUUAGUUUUUAAUGUUUGAUGCUUUGCUAUGUUUUUGUAUAUGCUUUAAGCUCCCCAGAGUGGCUGGGGAAACCCAGUCAGAUGGGUGUGGU